GUUCUUCUAUUGAACAGUCGAAGAUAGAAGCCCGAAGCGAAGCAAACGUUUUCUGACUCUGUUUGAUUAUACAAUGUAAAUUCAUAAGUGAUGAUGAACAAGACCUUUCUACUUUGUGUCGCUGUACCGCUGACCGCUUUGCUGUCGGGUGUCGUAUCGAACAGUGAUAUUUCAUGUCGGUCUUCCUGUGUGCGAAGCGGAAUAUUCACAGCUGUUUCGAAAGAUCGUUCACUUAUUGGCCACGUUAUUGAAACCAUAAGUGUCCAGGACUCUCUCGAAUGCAGCAAGGAAUGCCUUGUAAAUCCAACUUGCCAAUCAUUCAAUUUAGAAGACACAGGGACCCCAAAGCACUCUUGUGAGCUAAGCUCUCAAACAAAAGUGACCAAUCCCUCUAUGUUAAUAAGAAGGCCUGGAUUUACCUACUUCGAGGUGGCGACUUCCGGCGGAAGUGGAUGGUGCGGAAGUGUGUGCCAAUCAUCUAGUAAGGACAUUAUUUGUCCGUCCGGUUAUGGUGGGCGUGGUUGUGAGAUUAAGAUGAGGGGCUGCGAUGACUGGUAUUACCAUGGCUACACUUCCGAUGGAGUAUAUUACGUCAUUCCUGGAGAAUUCUCCACCCCAGUCCCCAUAUACUGCGAGCAGACCUUGGAUGAUGGCGGCUGGUCGGUCAUACAAAGGCGAGUCGACGGCUCUCUGUCGUUCGACCGGACUUGGGACGAGUAUAAAUUCGGAUUCGGGAAUCUGUCUGGCGAGCACUGGCUUGGAAACCAGAUUAUCUAUCAGAUGACGAGGGAUGGUGCAGUUCUCAGGGUUGACAUAGAGGCUUAUAGUGGCAAGAAGGCAUAUGCUGUCUAUAGCAUGUUCAAAAUAGGGUCUAAUGACGACGAUUAUCGAAUCACCGCGUCGUACCUGACAGGAGAUGCCGCUGACUCUAUUUGUAAUGGUACCGGGGGCGAACUGCUGGGCUCAACAAGCGACGGCAUGUACUUUUCAACCAAGGAUCGAAAUAAUGAUUUGGGCAGCGGUGAUUGUGCGCAUGCGCCUAAGGGAGGAUGGUGGUUUGAUGGAUGCUCGCAGGACUACUUGUCGAAUUUGAACGGGGAGUACUUGUCGCAAGGGAUGAUGGGAGGUAUCACGUGGAAGACAUGGGGGGUUUCUGGUAGCAAUACGCUAAAGGCUUGCCAAAUGAAAAUAAGAUAACGCUCUCCUUCAUGGCAUGGCAUUUAUUUUAGAUAUUUUUUCGGGCUUUCAAGGUAUGGGUAACAUGGGGUAACAAAGUAGGUUCAUAGCACAAUAAACUAUCUUACAUGAUCUUUUCUAAGAAAUUACAAUUAUCACCUAUUUUAAUUGAAAUUCUUAUUGUAGCCUUAUUUGAUUGGCUGCUCUCUAGAUUCUACAAUCACAACCUUUUGAGAUCCACAUGCAAACUUAAUGUGUACUAGACGGAUGGGCAACCCUGUGCUUAAUAAAGUCAAGUGCGAAAGU